UUUCUUAUUAAAUUAUGUAGUAAUUUUGCCGUGAACUACUUCUUUGAGUUAUUUUGGAAUGGAAAUGCACGUUACUUAUAAUAAUGUCAAACCUCUUUAAUACGGACACUAAAGGGACAGAACCAAGUGUCCGCUUUAUAGAGGUGUCUAUAUUACAGAGGUAGGGAUUGCAUGAUUUUUGGCUUUUCUGGGACCAAACGAACUGUCCGUCGUAUAGAAGUGUCCAUAAGAAGAGGUUAGACUGUAUAAUUAUUACGUUAAUCUAAUCAUUUCAAGGAAAAAAUUUUGAAUUUUGUCAAUUCUAAAAGGAUUAUUUAAUAGGCCAUUUCCGAGUUCCCAGGGCCUCUGUUUCAAAACGAGGUUAAGUGCUCAGCCUUUGAUAUGGAAAUCAUUUUUCAUUCUCGUGCAAAUAAAACUCAUUUCACAAGAAAGGUUGCUCACCUCGCCUCAUUUUGAAAGUGAGGGUUUUUGGAACUCGGAAGUGGCCUAUUGAAAUUGAAAAGUUACAGUUUUGGAUAUAGAAAAUAGGAAUACAUUGUAAGGAGUCUCUUUUUAUUGUGAAAAUAUUUAAUAUACAUAUGUACAUAUUAUAUGAAAAUGGAGAUAGAAUUAUUUUAAUAAAAACUUUAAUACCAAAAAUGCACCUAAAUAUGACUCAGCUUGAUUUGUGUGUAUCAGCGAAAAUGGGUCAUUGUGGAUGCAUGAAACGGUCCAGGGUUGUCUCACAAACGUCCACUUUUUUAUAUACCGGAUAGAAUGAACAUAUGAUUCGAAACUGGGUGGUUAAGGAAAGUUAACACAUUUAGGAAAUCCAAUGAAUAAUCCACCGAAAGCGGAAUCUGUGGAAACAUGAAGGCUGCAGAAAGUAAACCGGUCAAACUGAGUUUCCGCAUUCAUUGUUCCGGAAACUCAACGGAUAAUUGAGUAUCCUCUGAAUUUACGAGCUGCGGAAACAUGACGGCAGUUAGCGUUUCCGCAAGAGUAAACCUGACGGAAACGCGAGUAUAAGGGAUGCGUUUAAGCGUGUCCGCAGAAACUGAAACAUGACGGAUACACGUGUUCCCCGUUACAAUUCCGUCCGCGGAUAUUCAGGUUUCCGUUAGAUAACCGUUACAAAAACGGAAACGGAAACACCUUUUUUCAACCUGUGUGAGAAAAAGCAAAUAUUAUAUUAAUACUGGCAGUUUCCAACAUCCCAACAACUGUGGCUCCACUCACCUAUCGAUGACAGCGUCCGAAGAAAACAAAUUGCCUCCUUCAUUUUCGGCCAUGAUGGGGUCUCAGGAACAGACAAUCAUGAACAAUCGUUAAAAAACCUUAGCAAAUGUCUUUCAUCUUUGGCUGCUCGAAGCGUUCUCCUGCAGAUUUCAAAACGGCAGUAGACUUCUUUUAAACGCUUCUUGUAAACGCCGAGCUCUCAUAAUCGAGGAUGGGAUGAAUUUAAAAACUCUUACUUUUGCUGAUUGUUAUAAACCGAGUUGUCUUUAACAGGCUGGUGACCAUAUAAACUCAAUCCUUGCACAUUUCCAAGUUCUUACUUGAAUGCAUCAAAAUACGGCACUUUUGUUCGACUUUUUUGGCAUGUUUCGACUUUACUUACUUUUUCCACUGAAGCGUCAAAAUGAGAAAACAAGAAAACUGUCAAAGUUGAUGUUGGCGUUUUGUGAUAUUUUUAACUCUCGGAAAACUAAGCGAGUUUCUACUUUUACGCUUACAUAAUUGUACGUGCAGCCUUUCAUACAUUGCCUUUAUUUUAAUUGCGAACGCAAAUUUUACGCACGUGCGCACGUAAAAAUUACGUGACAGUGGAUACUUCAUAUCUCAAGUAUUUAGGAAGUGCAAGACGACUUCACAUCGUAACAACUGCGAAAAUCUAUCAAUUAAAUACAUAAAACAAAGUGAAUCUAUUUAACCGUACAUUUCCUGUAAUUGCGACAAUAUUCUGAGAAACGUAACGCCUUAAAAAGCCACAAAAUCCUGAGGAUUUCCCCGCUAUAAUAUUUUCUCAUCCUACUUGGGGAUGUGCCUGCAUGUCGUGCAUAAUUACACGAAAAUCAAGGGCCUCCAUUCGAGGAAAAUUACGUCAUUGCCAAACUUACAUGCGUCAUUUCAGUCAUAGCCGAAAUAAACUGCAUUCUCAUCACGAGACUCAUUUCCAUACGAUGAAAGUCGUCACGAUUCUUAUCCCCAGUUUCCACGGUCUUCGCUAAGAACGCGGGGCCUACAAACUAGGUCCCACUGAAAAAAAAACGACUGCAUUUUAAGAGUCUCGCUCUGCUCAAGCAAGCGAGACUAACAAGCAACGACGAACUUCUAUUUCUCUUUCUGAACGUGGAUAUAGUCCCUAGGAAUACAAUUCCAGGAAAGUUAGCCUACAUUUCAAAAAGUAAGUGGGUACGAAUAAUCGCCAUAAAGACUGAAUGAACGCAAAUUCACCUUUUGUUGGCUACGUUCCUCGUUGCCGUCUUGCGGCUGGACCUUAAAGUCCCUAGUAAGAACUCAGAGCUUCCCACGUGCUUUUGUUAACACGAAGACGUCUUUCGAAACUGCUUUAGCGUAGAGAAUGCCUUUGUUUUAUUUGAAACAGGUCCUCUACGACUGUGAUUUUCCUUGCUCUUGAAGUAGUUGUUGCUUUUGUGCUAAUAGGUAGAGGCAAUGUUUGUUCUAUUGUUCUCUCGUAGGAUUGCAAGUCAUAAAUGUAAAAAACUCAAGUUUAAAACUGAUUUGAUUUUACAUCAAACAUGUUUCUUUUCUAGGUCCAUAAAGUUUACAUCUUCUUUGAGCAUGAUCAGGACUCCACUUUCGUUAAGGCUCUGAACUUGGUUGGUGACAGCAAACUUGUCUUCCAUCCCUUGGGUCGGUUUUGGACAUACAAAGAUGCAAUAGGCUUUGCCUCGAAUCAUCUACUUCACAAAAACGUAAUGAUCCUUCAUGCAGACAUCUAUGUUCAUCAAGGAUUCGAGCAUCUGAAUGAGACAAUUUUAAGCAAUAAAACAAUGUAUUUUUUAACAAGGCAUGCGAUGCGAGGAAACGGUUCUCUCUGCCCUCACGAAGCAAACGAAGGUACUUGUGAUCCGAAUUCACGUUACGUAGGUUCUCAUGACGCUCUUCUGUUUAGGCUACUUAAACCAGUCAGCAGUGAAGUACUAAACAAGAUUGACUAUAGAGGAAACCUUUAUGGGAUUGAGCAGGUUUUAAUGUUCUACCUAAGAGAAUAUGAAGGGUUUAAAUUUAAGAAUCCUUGCAAAAUCCUUCAGAUUGUUCACCGUCAUUGUAUGAAAUCGGCUGAGAAGAGUCACUUUGGUCUUUUCCAAGGGCAAAGAAUUGAUAAUUAUUUGAAGCUGUCCUAUAGGCAUAAACCCCGAGAACUUAUUCUCGCACCAUUUUCUGAUUUGUAA